GCAGAGGCCACGGGUCUCGGAUCGCAGGGCCAUGAACCAUCACGUGGUGCGACCAGGGCUGCUGCUGGUCGCCUUGCUUGGCUGCUCGGCGGUUCUCGUAGGGCUGAGAUCGACCCUCGGACGCUCAAGGUUAAUUCCUGUAGCAGCAAGCGAUGUUAACAGAGUUUCCAUUCCAAGAGAUUUGAGAAUCGCCCUGAGAAUCUCUGCCAAUACCACGACAAUUAUAAUGAUUGACCCACACGUCAACCUGUUCCUCAGGCCGGAAGACCUCACGUCCACUCAACUCGUUCACUAUGGACUUCCCUUUGGUAUUGGAAACUCUGGGCCAACGUUGAAGAGAAUUCUGAACCGGACCAAACGGUACGGCCUUAACGUUUCCAGUCCCAGGCGCUGCGUUGUGGUGGGGAACGGUCACGUGCUCAAGGGGCGUGGCCUCGGGGCGGCCAUCGACCGGCAUGACGUCAUCAUCAGGAUGAACGAUGCCCCAACGCUGGGCCACGAGGUGGACGUGGGCCAGAGGACGACCCUGCGUCUCCUCUACCCAGAGUCGUCCUCCACCUCCUCGUCCACCUCCUCGUCGUCCUCCACCUCCUCCUCGUCGUCCACCUCCACGUGGGGGCAGGGAGAGGGCAGCCUCAUGGCCGUGCUGGCCUUCAAGCCGGCCGACCUGCAGUGGCUGCAGCAGAUGGUGGAGAAAAAUCUCUCGCCUGGGCGUGGCCUGUGGAGGCAGGCGGCCCGCAGCUGGCGCGUGCCGCCCUCCCACGUGAGGGUCCUCCACCCACGAUUCGCGCUGACGGCGUCACGUGACCUGCUGCUGCUGCCCGUGACGGAGACGCGCCCAGGCUCCGCCCCCUCGGCGUGGUCAAAGCUACCCACCACGGGAUUCAUCGCUGUUCUUGCCGCUCUCCACGCCUGCCCCGAAGUUUCCAUCGCCGGCUUUGGCUAUCCGGCAAAUUCGCCGGGAGCUCUGGUCCACUACUACGGCCAGAGCCGUAUGCAAGAAAUCACGAAGGUUGGAGACUGA